GCGGCUCGCGGCGCCGUUUGCGGCGGGACGCCUCCGCCUGACCGGUUACUGGACGUCACACAGACCCGCCGUGACAAACUAACACAAGACAACACCAAGUUGUUGUUGUUUCCCACGAAGGAGCCGGAGAAGAAGCGUCUCACGGGGCCUUUACUUACCCAACCGGCGCACCAGGCCAGGGUGCUGUGGCGAGUCACUGGCUGUAAUCGCAUAUCCCCGAGGAGCAUGAGUCAUGACCUCGGUGCUGCUGGUCGACUCUGGUGGGACGGUGGUGGAAUAUGUCACAGCUGACGAGGAGGACUCCCCCCAGCAGGAGGCAGAGUGCGACUUGGAGUUUGAGGGAGACCUCGAAGGCGAGUGUGAAGCCGAGGAGGAUUUCGAUGAAGCACAGGACGGAGAGGAGGAUGACAACUGCCCUGCCGUCAUAGUAGAGGAGGUGCCCGGCGCCGGACUGGGCGGCGAGCGAGGUUACCCGGCCCAGGUGUUCAUAUAUAACGACGAGGUCUACCUGAUGCAGGGAGUUGGUGACGAGCAGGACGUGGAGACAGAAGGGGAGGCAGUGGAGGCUUCUGUCCAUGGCACUAAUGUACACUGCUCUGACAAGACGUUUGAGGCUGCAGAGGCGCUGCUGCGUAUGGAUUCACCUUCCAGCCUCCGAGAAGACCGUAGCCCAGAAGCUUUCAUCCCACCUUACAUGACGACACCCGACUUCCUCCACGCAGCAAUGCGCCCCGACAUGAUUUCAGAGACGGAGGUAGAGAUCUCGACAGAGGGGUGCUGCGAGGAGGAAGAUGAGGAGAUUCUGCUUGAACCAGUCAGGAAGAGUCGAGGUAAACGGAGAUAUCCUGCAGGAGGUAGUGCGGCGAUGGUGGCGGGGAUCUCGAGGAUAAUGUCUGUCCCUGGAGCAUUCGAUGGGAGUCAGCAAGCUCAUACGGCUAUCAUCCGAACUUCCACUGGCCCGAGGACGGUGCGGGUGGCUAUGCAGGUGCCUGUAGUCAUGACGACAUCGCUGGGUCAGAAGAUCUCCACUGUUGCUGUGCAGCAGCCGGCGGGUGCAGCCGGCCACAGCGCCCUCCUCACCAACACGUCUGCCAUUGGAGCGGCUGCAAACGCCAACUCUCAACAGAAGGUUAUGAUCCAGACCAUCCCCACCAUGGUGCCGGCCACAGCUGAGAACGGAGAAAAGAUCACUGUCCAGUUGGCCAAGAUCAUCACAAUCCCGGCCCACCAGCUGGCUCAGUACCAAUCCUCAACCGGCUCAAACAAGUCCAGCGUCGGCAACUCCCCGGCGGGUAUCAGCCUCCUCAGGAACCCCUUGACGGUCCGGGCUCUGGCGCCGGUCAACGUCGCCGCAGGAACGCAAGUGAUGAGACUCACUGUGCCGACGCAGACGCAACAGCAGACUCUGGUGGUGUCCCAGCCGGGCAGCGGGCCGGGGGUGGUAACCGUAUCAACAGCAAGUCAGACGGUGCCGGCUCACCCUCCGAUCAUAAGCGGCAUCUUAAGCGGCUCGGAGCUGGUGAUCGGAGCACCGGGAACCGGAGGAGUCUCAAUGGAGAAGCUGAAGGCAGCAGGGGUCCAGGUCCAAACCGUGCAGGUGGCAGUCCAGCAGAACCAGGGGAACCCCAAAACUCUCCAGACCUUGCAAUCAGACGCCCAGGACGCUGAGGUGGUUAUCAAGCUGGAAACACCCGACAAGACAAUAAAGAGCGAAGAGCCCGAGUGUUGAAAUGCACACUUUUCAGAGUGGUAGUUUGUACGUGUCUGUCUCCGUUUUACUCUUCUAAUAACCAGCAGCAGUCUGUGAGACUUUAAGAAGACUCCUGUUUUUAGUCCUGAACUAGUUUUCACAGCUUCCUUGUGGCCACUUAGAACUUUACUGAUCCCAGCCGAUCCUCAGAACCACACUGAAACCUCUCAGUGUCCUGUAUGGAGCUCACGGGAAGACCCACAAGACUUCAACGGCUUAUUUUGAAAGGUGAAGGGACCAACAUCUAUCACUACAAGUCAUGCUUUCUAAAUUGAUUGCCACCGCUGACUCAAAUCCGGGAGAAAGAAAGAAAAAACAGACAAACUUGAAUGAAACAGAAAAAAAGAAGAAACACUACAAAAUGAGGAAAAUGACAACCAGCCAAAAUGAAAGCAAAAUACACGAUGGGCGUGUAAUUGAGACUUUCUUUUUUUUAAUGGUUUGGCCACAUCAGAUGUUUAAACCAGCAACUUGCUCUUUUUUUUCUGUUAUUCUGUUAUUUUCUACUUAUAUCACUGUGCAGAAGGAGGAGUGGUGCUACAAGUGAGAGUGGAGCGGCAAGAUGUUCAAAGAAGGAACGAUAUCGGAAAGAUAAUGAUCAUGUAUGUACAUAUUUCGAUCUAUAUAUACAUAUAUAUAUGUGUGUGUGUAUAUAUAUAUCUCUACUAUUUACGGAGCUAAAGUUAACAACCUUAGAUUUACAUUUUCUCUCAUUUUCAUUUAUCUGAACAAUAAGUUGAAAUUUAUUUUUGUGUUUUGAUACCUUGUACCAAGCACAGUAUUAUUGAAAUAAACGAACUAACAAUGUAUUAAUUCCACUGUCACUAUCGGGCGAUUUAACGCUCAUGGAUUGGAAAAGAAACAUGCUAUAGAUCAGUGGCCAGAUUGUUUUGCGGUCUCUUCAAAUGAAAAUGAAUGAAAAAUCUCAGCUUGGCCUUUUUCACGACUAAAUAUUCAAAAACAAAGAAUUUUGACUGAGCUGCUUGCUGUCAUGUCUUGAAUAUAAAAUUAAAAUAGAAAUGUAUGUGAACUCAGACCAAUAUUUUAAUUUGCAAAAUAUAUCAAACCACUGUGUAUCCCAGGUCACUUUACUUGCAACAAAGGGCAAGUUAGCACACAUUAUUACUGCCUUUCAGGCCCUGCCACGACAUUUCAUUAUUAUUUUUUUAUCUGAAGAGGAAAGCAAGGAAGAUGUGUUGUGUUCAGACUGGACUGUUUCUAUAUUCAACAUUUGAAGUAUAUUCUAUUUUGUUUGUAUUCUUGAUUCAAAGUGUAUUAAUGUAGAUUUUACUGAGAUAUAAAGACAUUUGAAUACCAA